AGCAGGAUUGGUUGAGCAGGGGAUGUGGUACCCCUCGUAUCAGGACGAACUGUAUUCGUUCUCGCUGGAUGCCCAUAAUACCACAGAUUUUUAUAGCAAUAAUUGUAUAAAAUAAGACAUAUAUACUAGCUGGUGUCGUUAGGACGCUGGAUUGAGAAGCUGGAAGAGGACAUUUUGACUAGUCGCGGCCCUCUGAGGUCCUAAUGGAGGGGCACUUGGGAGGUAUUUGGGAAGGACACCAUGCUUCCCUGUGUCUCUUCCUGGCCUUCUGCUGAAGCACCUGUCCCUCUUGGCCAUGCCCUGCCCACCACUCUCUCAGCCCAGCCGCCCAAUCAGCUCCUUCCUGACCUGCUGUGCAGUUGCACUGUGUUCCCGCCUUCAGUACCGCCCCUAAGCCCCUGCGCCAGUGACAUGGAGUCUCUUAUCGUGGUGACGGAAUAUGAGCCCAGCAGCGCCCCAGGGCAGCGAGGUGGGGGGGAGGAGGUGGAGGACAUGGACAGUUCGGAAACGCCCGAGCCAACAUCCUGUCCACUGCCACCGUUCCGCACUCCCUCCUGCGACCUCUUAUCUCAUACGGUGGGACGGCCUGAAGCUCUCUUCCCAGAUACGCAGGAACACCGGGGCAGGCUUAACCUCUCAGACAGGAAGCUAUCACUUCAAGAGCGCUCACAGACCCUCUCUUCGCCCUGUGGAUCACCUGGAAUCAACGGGCGAUAUAUCUACCCGUCUCUGCCCUACUCGCCCAUCACUUCGCCCCACUCCUCUCCGCGCUUGCCCCGCAGACCCACCGUGGAGUCCCACCGUGUCUCCAUCACGGAUCUCCAGGAUUGUGUGCAGCUCAACCAGUACAAGCUGAAAGAUGAGAUUGGAAAGGGCUCCUAUGGAGUUGUCAAACUGGCCUACAACGAAGAUGACAACACCUAUUAUGCCAUGAAAGUCCUGUCCAAGAAGCGUCUGAUGAGACAGGCUGGUUUCCCGCGAAGGCCUCCUCCCCGAGGGGCCAGAGUGGCUCCUGAGGGCCCACCUCAGCCCAAAGGCCCUCUGGAGCGAGUGUAUCAGGAGAUCGCCAUCCUCAAAAAGUUGGACCACCCUAAUGUGGUCAAGCUAGUGGAGGUCCUGGACGACCCAAGUGAAGACCACCUGUACAUGGUAUUUGAGCUGGUCAAACAAGGUGCAGUGAUGGAGGUUCCCACUGAUAAACCACUGAAUGAAGACCAGUCCCGCUUCUACUUUCAGGACCUGCUUAGAGGAAUUGAGUACUUACAUUAUCAGAAGAUUAUUCAUCGGGACAUUAAGCCGUCGAACCUGCUAGUGGGGGAGGAUGGGCACAUUAAAAUAGCUGACUUUGGGGUCAGCAACCAGUUUGAGGGAGCUGACGCACUCCUAACCAGUACAGUGGGGACGCCGGCCUUCCUUGCUCCAGAGACACUCUCUGAGACCCGCAAGAACUUCUCUGGCAAGGCUUUGGAUGUUUGGGCCAUGGGGGUCACAUUAUACUGCUUUGUCUUUGGCGUGUGUCCAUUCAUGGAUGAGCGCAUACUGAGUCUGCAUCAGAAAAUCAAGACCCAGCCAGUAGAACUGCCAGAGCAGGCUGAUGUGUCAGAUGAUUUGAAGGACCUGCUUUUUAAGAUGCUGAAUAAAAAUCCUGAAACCAGGAUAACUGUGCCUCAAAUCAAGGUACACCCAUGGGUGACGCGGCAUGGUGCUGAGCCCCUUCCUCCUGAGGAUGACAACUGCUGCAGUCUGAUCGAGGUGACGCAGGAGGAGGUGGAAAACUCUGUCAAGCAUAUCCCCAGCCUGGCCACAGUGAUCCUGGUGCGGACCAUGUUACGCAAGCGCUCGUUUGGGAACCCUUUCGACUGGGGUCGCAGGGAGGAGAGGAGCCCCACCUCACAGGGACAUGUGCUGACAAAAGGGAGAGCAGGGAAUUUGAAAUACUGCUACAUUCAUGGUAACCAAAGGAAACAAGACAGUGGGGAAGGCAUGAGGAGUGUGGACCUACCCUUUGUGGGCGAAGAUGAAGUGCUUUCCUGAUGCAUCGUGGGCUUGCUAACUGCACUGGAAGGGCCCUGCAUCAGAAGCUCUGUGCUUGAGAAGUGGAGGGGUUCUGGAUUCUCGGGAUAUAGAUUUGUAGCUGGGAAAGGGACACAGAAGAAACGCUCCUGGCCAUCAGUCAUUGAUGUGGGGCUCCUCCCGAAUGUCAUGCAUGCAUUUGUACAGUCCUACAGUGGCAUGCACUAUGUGUCCAUCAGUCAGGUCUCUGCUCUCAGGACCUGCUCUUCCGUGUAUGUGUGUGUGUGUAUUUGUGUGUGUGUGUGUGUGUGUGUGUGUGUGUGUGUGUGUGUGUGUGUGUGUGUGUGUGUGCGUGUGCGCGUGUGUGUGUGUUUUUCACCUUCUGUCUGCCUUGGAGGCUGUGCUUGCACAUUCGUUGUAGCAGGUGGCAGCAUUGCAGUAGAAAUAAGGAUAAUUGAAUACUAACUCCUGAAGCAUCACAAUCCUCCACCCCAUUCCCCCACACACCCACCCAC